AUGGGCCUUCGUCAGAUCGGCGCGUGUUUGGUGUUUUGCCUCAGCUGCUGUUUGGCCACGCCUCUACCUUUUUCCAGUUCUCUGGAGGGAAGUACAGAUGAGGAAGACCUCAGUAACUUUGCUUCCUCCCUGCCCACCAGCUACCUUUUCUCUGUGCCCCAAACCACACCUGCUGGCCCCACCCAUGUGGAAACUGACUUCCUGAGUCAGGUUGUGAACUUCCUGGAGGAGAACAUGCUCCUCAUCCUCGUCACAACCUCCUUCAUCCUCCUCAUCUUCUUUAUCAUCUGUGGGGCAGUAUUCAUGAGCCGCAGGCGAAAGGUCAACGCCUACUACCCUUCCUCCUUCCCCUCCAAAAUGUACGUGGACCACAGGGACAAAACCGGAGGUACAAAACCCUUUAAUGAAGUGCCAGAGAAACCUGCUCCCGAGCAGGAGAGUGAGCCUGUGGACUCUCACAGGCAGCUCCAGGCCGACAUCAUGAGGGCCGCCAAGAGGCUGCGGACGCCAAAUAAAUCUGUAGACGCUGCAGAGGGAAGUGGCAGCAGUCAGAAAGCAGCAGACCACAGUCCUGGAGACAGCUCUAAGACAUGUGCCAGCGUCCUGGAUCCGCAGCUGCCAAGUUUCCCUGAGGAGAAGGCGCCAUGCGAGCUCCUCAACAUGGAAGAGGCAGCAGCAGCAGCAGGAGGCAGCACUGAGCUGAGCUGUCCUCCAGAGCAACCACAGCCAAGAGAUGAACCAGAGCAGCCACAACAACAAGGAGAUGAUCCAGAGCAGCCACAGCCACAAGGAGAUGAUCCAGAGCAGCCACAUCCAGAGGGAAAUGAUCCAGAGCAGCCACAUCCAGAGGGAAAUGAUCCAGAGCCACAGCAUCCACAUGAAGAUGUUCCAGAGCAGCUUCAUCCAGAGGGAGAUGAUCCAGAGCAGUCACUUCCAGAGGGAGAUGAUCCAGAGCAGCCUUUGAUUGGCAGGAGUCUGCGGCCCUCCUCCAUGCAUAUCCACAAUGACUCUGCAACGCUCCAGCUGAUCGCAGGAGAGAAAACCGCCUUCUGAUUCCUCUCAACACUAUGAACUGACUCUAUAAUCCACUUUGAAUCCACUAGUGGCAAUUUGUCCAUAAAUCCUCAAAAAAAAUUUACAGAUUUACAGAUUGACAUCACUUGAUUUGACGUAUUUUGUCCAGUGAGGGGAAGAUGAUGUGCAGCAGAGCUCACCAACGACUGGUUUUAUCACUAUGACAUUUUAUCUGCUACAAACAAUAUUUCCUUUUAUGAACAU